AUGUCCGGCUACCCAGCAGGAGGCCAGUACGACGAUGGCUACGGCCAUCCGGCGGCUCAUGGUGACUCCUACUACCAGGACGAACACGCCCAGGGCUACUACGAUAAUCAGCAGGAGGGCUACUACGAUAAUGGUGCCUAUUAUGGAGACGAAGCCGCUGGGCACGCCCAGGGCGGAUACGCUGAAGGAGGCUACUACGACCAGGCUGGCCACGCUCAAGAGGGUGGCUACUAUGGCGAUGAGUACUAUGACCAGGCUGGUCAGGGCCAGGCUCGCCGUGGCGGCUCUGAGGAGGAUUCAGAGACUUUCAGUGAUUUCACCAUGAGAUCUGAGACUGCCCGUGCUGCAGACAUGGACUACUAUGGCCGUGGUGACGAUCGCUAUAAUAGCUAUGCCGAUAGCCAAUACGGCGGCCGCGGUUACAAUGGCUACCGUCCUCCGUCUUCCCAGAUUUCAUACGGUGGCAAUCGAUCAUCCGGUGCCUCCACCCCUGUUUACGGCAUGGAGUAUGGAAACGCGUUGCCGGCUGGCCAGCGUUCGCGAGAGCCCUACCCUGCCUGGAGCGCGGAGGCACAAAUUCCUCUGUCAAAGGAAGAGCUCGAGGAUAUUUUCAUUGAUCUUGUCAACAAGUUUGGUUUCCAGCGUGACAGCAUGCGUAACAUGUACGACCACAUGAUGACGCUUCUCGACUCGCGUGCCUCUCGCAUGACGCCUAAUCAGGCGCUGCUUUCGCUGCACGCCGACUACAUCGGCGGUCACAACGCUAACUACCGCCGUUGGUACUUCGCUGCGCACCUGGAUCUCGACGAUGCUGUCGGAUUUGCCAACAUGAAACUUGGCAAGGGUGAUCGCAAGACCAGAAAGGCUCGCAGGGCUGCUCAAAAGGCCGCGAAGAAGAACCCCGAGAACGAAGAAGAGACUCUCGAAGCAUUGGAAGGUGACAACAGUCUGGAGGCCGCUGAGUACCGCUGGAAGUCUCGCAUGAACCGAAUGUCACAGCACGAUCGGGCCCGCCAGAUCGCCCUGUACCUGCUUAUCUGGGGUGAGGCCAAUCAGGUUCGUUUCUUGCCGGAGUGUCUCUGCUUCAUUUUCAAGUGCGCAGAUGACUACUAUGGCUCCCCUGAGUGCCAGAACCGUGUUGAGCCCGUUGAGGAGUUUACCUACCUCAACGAGAUUAUCACGCCUUUGUAUCAGUACUGCCGUGAUCAAGGUUACGAGAUCUCCGAUGGCAAGUAUGUUCGCCGUGAGCAUGAUCAUAACAAGAUCAUCGGUUACGACGAUAUGAAUCAGCUGUUCUGGUACCCCGAGGGUAUCGAGCGCCUCUCCUUUGAGGACAAGACCCGUCUGGUCGAUAUUCCGACUCAGGAGCGUUGGCCCAAGCUCAAGGAUGUGGUCUGGAAGAAGGCAUUCUUCAAGACAUACAAGGAAACCCGUUCCUGGUUCCACAUGGUUACCAACUUCAACCGUAUCUGGGUUAUCCACUUGUGUUUCUUCUGGUUCUUCACCGCCUACAAUUCUCCGACUCUCUACACCCCAAACUACCAGCAGCAAUGGGACAACAAGCCAUCCUCGGCUAAGUACCUGGCUGCCGUCGGUUUUGGUGGUGCUCUAGGCGCCUUCAUUCAGAUUUUCGCCACCAUUUGCGAAUGGUGCUAUGUUCCUCGCCGUUGGGCUGGUGCUCAGCAUCUUCAUAACCGGUUCAUGUUCCUACUUGGUGUCUUGAUUGUCAACCUCAUCCCUGGCGUUAUCAUCUUUGGUUUCCUACACAUGCUUCCCACCAAAAUUCAGAACCCUGUCGGUCUCGCUCUUGGUAUCGUGCACUUCGUGCUGGCUAUAAUCACCGUCACAUUCUUUUCGAUUCAGCCCCUGGGAGCACUCUUUGGAACCUAUCUCAAGAAGCACGGCCGCCAGUACGUGGCCAGUCAAACAUUCACUGCCAGUUUCCCCCAGCUUCAUGGCAAUGACAUGUGGAUGUCCUAUGGUCUUUGGGUCUGUGUCUUUGGUGCCAAGCUCGCUGAGUCCUACUUCUUCUUGACUCUGUCGUUCAAGGACCCCAUCCGCAUCUUGUCCCCCAUGACUAUCUUCGAGUGCACUGGUGUCACGUACAUCGGAAACGUCCUCUGCCACAAGCAACCCCAGAUUCUUCUCGGCCUCAUGUUCUUCAUGGACUUGACCUUGUUCUUCCUGGAUAGUUACCUGUGGUACAUUAUUUGCAACACAAUCUUCUCUGUUGCUCGGUCGUUCUAUCUCGGUGUCUCCAUCUGGUCUCCUUGGAGAAACAUCUUUUCGCGACUUCCCAAGCGUAUCUACUCCAAGGUCCUGGCUACCACUGAUAUGGAAAUCAAGUACAAGCCCAAGGUUCUCAUUUCCCAAGUCUGGAACGCCAUCAUCAUCUCGAUGUACCGUGAGCACUUGCUGGCCAUUGACCACGUUCAGAAGCUGCUGUACCAUCAAGUUCCUUCUGAGCAGGAGGGAAAGCGUACUCUGCGUGCCCCUACCUUCUUUGUUUCCCAGGAGGAUCAGUCAUUCAAGACCGAGUUCUUCCCUGCUGGCAGCGAGGCUGAGCGUCGCAUUUCCUUCUUUGCUCAGUCCUUGUCCACUCCCAUGCCCGAGCCUCUGCCCGUCGACAAUAUGCCCACCUUCUGCGUCCUGAUCCCUCACUACAGUGAGAAGAUCCUCUUGUCGCUGCGUGAGAUUAUUCGCGAAGAUGAGCCCUACUCCCGUGUGACCGUCCUGGAAUACCUCAAGCAGCUCCAUCCCCACGAGAGAAAAGAUGCGCAGAAGAGCAAGAUCGACGAUCUGCCCUUCUACUGCAUUGGUUUCAAGUCCGCCGCUCCCGAGUACACUCUUCGCACUCGUAUCUGGGCGUCUCUUCGUUCGCAGACCCUUUACAGAACAGUCUCCGGUUUCAUGAAUUACAGUCGUGCUAUCAAGCUGCUGUACCGCGUUGAGAACCCUGAAGUUGUGCAGAUGUUCGGCGGUAAUUCGGAGAAGCUCGAGCGCGAGUUAGAGCGCAUGGCUCGUCGCAAGUUCCGUAUUUGUGUGUCCAUGCAGCGCUACGCCAAGUUCAACAAGGACGAGCGUGAGAACACCGAGUUCCUCCUCCGUGCUUACCCUGACCUGCAAAUCGCCUACCUCGAUGAAGAGCCUCCGGAGAAUGAGGGUGAUGAACCCCGCCUGUACUCGGCCCUCAUUGAUGGUCACUGUGAACUCCUUGAGAACAACCUGCGCAAGCCUAAGUUCCGCAUUCAGCUUUCUGGCAACCCCAUUCUCGGUGACGGCAAAUCCGACAACCAAAACCACGCUAUCAUUUUCUACCGCGGUGAAUACAUCCAGCUUAUUGAUGCCAACCAGGACAACUACCUUGAGGAGUGUCUCAAGAUUCGCAGUGUUCUAGCUGAAUUCGAAGAGUUGACCACCGACAACGUUUCGCCUUACACUCCUGGCAUUGGCAACCCCGAAACCGACCCCGUUGCUAUUCUCGGUGCUCGUGAAUAUAUUUUCUCCGAGAGCAUUGGUGUCCUCGGUGACGUUGCUGCCUCGAAGGAACAAACGUUCGGUACUCUCUUCGCGCGUACUCUUGCCCAGAUUGGUGGUAAGCUGCAUUACGGUCACCCUGAUUUCCUUAACGCUACCUUCAUGUGUACUCGUGGUGGUGUGUCCAAGGCUCAGAAGGGUCUGCACUUGAACGAGGAUAUUUACGCUGGCAUGAAUGCUGUUCUCCGUGGUGGUCGUAUCAAGCAUUGCGAGUACUACCAAUGUGGUAAGGGUCGUGAUUUGGGUUUCGGUUCCAUUCUGAACUUCACAACCAAGAUUGGUACUGGUAUGGGUGAACAAAUGUUGUCUCGCGAGUACUAUUACCUCGGCACUCAGCUCCCGCUGGAUCGCUUCUUGUCCUUCUACUAUGCUCACCCUGGUUUCCACUUGAACAACAUGUUCAUUAUGCUUUCUGUGCAGAUGUUUAUGAUUGUCCUCAUCAACCUGGGUGCGCUCAAACACGAGACCAUCACUUGCCGCUACAACUCUGACCUGCCCAUCACCGAUCCCCUCCUGCCGACCUACUGUGCUGAUCUACAUCCCAUUGUUAACUGGGUCAACCGUUGCGUGGUUUCUAUCUUCAUUGUGUUCUUCAUUUCCUUCGUUCCCUUGGCCGUGCAGGAAUUGACCGAGCGUGGUGUCUGGCGCAUGGCAACUCGUCUGGCUAAGCACUUUGGUUCUUUCUCCUUCAUGUUCGAAGUGUUCGUCUGCCAGAUCUACGCCCAGGCUGUUCACCAGAACUUGUCUUUCGGUGGUGCUCGCUACAUUGGUACUGGUCGUGGUUUCGCCACUGCCCGUAUUCCCUUCGGUGUGCUGUACUCCCGUUUCGCCGGUCCUUCCAUCUACGGUGGUGCCCGUCUGCUGCUCAUGCUGCUGUUCGCCACCUCCACUGUUUGGACUCCCGCUCUCAUCUGGUUCUGGGUGUCAUUGCUUGCCCUGAUCAUCUCGCCUUUCCUGUUCAACCCCCACCAAUUUGCAUGGAACGAUUUCUUCAUUGAUUACCGUGACUAUCUCCGUUGGCUCUCGCGUGGCAACUCCCGCUCGCAUGCCUCGUCCUGGAUCGGUUUCUGUCGUCUUUCGCGUACCAGACUGACGGGUUACAAGAGAAAGCUCCUUGGUGUUCCUUCUGAGAAGGGCUCUGGAGAUGUUCCUCGCGCUCGCUUCACCAACAUUUUCUUCAGCGAAAUUAUCGCUCCCUUAGUUGUUGUUGGUGCCACCCUUGUUCCUUACCUGUACAUCAACUCCCGAACGAUGUUCAGUAACAAACCCGAAUAUGCCUCGAACGCGAUCAUGCGCAUUGCCAUUGUGGCCUUCGCUCCUAUCGGUGUCAACGCCGGUGUUGCUGGUGCAUUCUUUGGCAUGGCCUGUUGUAUGGGUCCCCUCUUCAGCAUGUGCUGUAAGAAGUUCGGUUCCGUCCUCGCUGCCAUUGCUCACGCAAUCGCCGUCAUCGUCCUCAUGGUCAUCUUCAUCGCUCUCUUUGUUUUGGAGUCUUUCAGCUGGGCCAGAACUGUGUCGGGCAUGAUCGCCGCCAUGGCCAUCCAGCGCUUCAUCUACAAGCUGAUCAUUUCUCUUGCGCUCACACGUGAGUUCAAGCAUGAUCAGUCCAAUAUUGCCUGGUGGACCGGUAAAUGGUACAACAUGGGUUGGCACUCGAUGUCCCAACCUGGUCGUGAAUUCCUUUGCAAAAUCACCGAGCUGGGUUACUUCGCUGCCGACUUCAUUUUGGGUCACGUCAUUCUCUUCUUCAUGUUGCCCGUUCUCGCAAUUCCUUAUGCCGACAAGUUCCACUCAGUGAUCCUGUUCUGGCUGCGUCCUAGUCGUCAAAUCCGUCCUCCAAUCUACUCUCUCAAGCAGUCCAAGCUUAGAAAGAGACGGGUUGUUCGUUUCGCCAUUCUCUACUUCGUCAUGCUGGUUGUCUUCGUCGUCCUAAUUGCUGCGCCGCUUGUCAUUCGCGACAUGGCCUCAAUCAGCUACAGCAUUCGUCACUCCCUCUACAACAUCGUCGGUGUUCAGAAGGGCAUGAUCGGUCUUCUGCAGCCUUUGGAUGCCGGCCUCAACGACACAGCCACCUACUACACUGGAAGCCAUUUGCCCGCCGGUUACAAGUCGCCUUCUCAGUCGGUGGUUCCCACCGCCGGUGACUACCAAUUCCACAAAAUGAUUUAG